CAAAUACUGCACAGGAUCGUUACACGAUUCUUGGAACGGCUGACUUGGACUAUUAAUUGGAUUCUAUGGUAUAGAAGUUCAUAGAAGUGUUACUAACGAGUGAGGCCUCGGGCCAGAUGUGGAACGUGUGUGUGUGGGACUUCCACUCCUCCACCAGUCUCCUCACCUACAAAGGCGGGACCACUGCACCUCACGGUCUGGCCGUCCUCAAUAACGACUUCAUCAUCUCGGCUCUCACCACAAAACCAGUCCUCAACAUCUGGUCACUUCACAAAAGGGACAACCAGCAGAUGAAAAUGGUUUGUCCUGGCAGAGUUACUGCCCUUGAUGUGACGCCCAAUGGAGAGUACUGCAUUGCAGCUGUGUCCGAGAAAAUCCACAUCUGGCAGGUAUGUACGGGACACCUGAUGACCGUGCUGGGCAGACACUACCAGAACGUCACGUGUCUGCGGUGCUGUGACGACGGGUCGUACUUCGUAUCGGGAGGCGAUGACAACAUGGUCAUUGCCUGGUCACUUGGCAGGGUGCUAUCAGAGACUGGUGAAUACAGUAACAGACGAGCGCCGGUACAUGUAUGGUCUCAGCACUCCCUCCCCAUCACAGAUAUACACAUAGGCUACGGUGGCAGUCGGGCCAGAGUUGUCUCCUCUUCCCUUGACCAGUCCUGUCGUAUGUGGGACCUGGCCUCCGGGGAGAUGAUUUGCUGUAUCGUGUUUGAUGUCAGUAUAACGUCCACUGCCAUGAAUCUCACCGAGAGCUUGCUGUUUGCCGGGGGAUCCAACGGCAAUAUUUACUGCUACAAUCUAUACGACAGGCCCAUCAGAACAGAAAGACACAUACAGAGUGACACAGAUGACCCAAGUACAACUAUCUAUAGUGGCCACAGUAAGCAGGUAACUUGCCUGUCCAUAUCACUGGACGGGAGUCAGCUGGUAUCCGGGUCACAUGACUGUGAUGUCAGAGUGUGGGACGUGUACAGCGGACAGUGCAUCAAAACAGUGCCACAUAAAGGAGUGGUAACAAACGCCAGGCUGAUACCAACGCCCCCUGGUGUUGUAUCAGAAAUCAAACGUCCGUUACUUCCAAUGCAACCCUUCGAACGCCAUCUGUACAUUCCGCAGAAAAGUGGAGAUUCAGGAGAAGAUAACUCGUCAGACACACUAAAUCUAUACAUAAACCAAUUUCAACAGGUAACAAAGUCAUCAGAUGAGGCCAGAUUAUACACAGAACCAUUACUACGGUCCAGGGACACUUUUGAUGAAGUCACACCACAGGUACAGGAGACAUGUAUAGCAGAGAUGAAACAGGAGAUAAACGAGCUAAAGUCAGCCAACAAAAACCUCUACAGUUUUGCAGUGGACGAAAUAUUACAAGAGAGAAAUAAACCCUCCUGAUAUCAGUAAUACAUUGAUGUUGUUUUAUAU